GGGUUAAAUGCUGCUUCUUGCUAAUGAGUGUAAGACAAGAUGCCCACUGAUUAGCACGGCAAAUGACUUGACAUGUGAUGCGAUUUGAUGUGGCAUUUACAUGGCAGCAGUGUGACAUGCAUGUGUGUUUCUGUCAAUAGCAGAGUUGUAGAGUUAGUAAUCAUCUUCUUUGGAUGACAGAGAUGCUCUAGCUUUAGGCGACUUAACUAUGUUAUUCAACAAAAAUUUAAAUGAUCUGUGAUUGGGUUCACUCUUACCGGCAUACUAAUGCGAAUGAAUGUCAAGCUUUCAAGAUGCAAAACAAUGGCCUGGAGGUACAUAGCUCUUGGGUUUCGAACAGAUUGUUUCAAGCUUUUAAGUGUGUUCCAGGCAUCUGGAUGCUGCACAUAUAAGAAAUUUACAGAAAUUUGGAGAGAAAUGAAAUUCUCAUAUAUUUAUUAUGAGAGGAAAAGCUUCUGUGAACUGCUGGAGUUUACUGAAGAAGUAUUUAUGGUAUGCAAGGAAUUUCUUUAUCCCCCAAAUACUUUACCAUUUCAAAUCGGAUCAAUAUACCUUAUGUAUGGACUUUACCUCAAGCAGCCCACCAGAAAUCAAGUCAAAAUACGUUUUACAUUGCAUGAGUGGAAACAUCUGAAAAAGGUGUGGAAUAUUGCUUUGUCUGCCAAUGACUUGGGCGUUGUUCUAAUAAUUUCAAGACUGUACCUCAUGAAUGCCUUCCAGUUCUGCUUCACAGAACGACAGAUGGGUCUUGAAAAGAAGUUCCGGAAGUACUAUGAAGGGGGUGAAAAGAGCACUGGUGAAAUGCUACCUCUGACUGUUACACCUGUAAUGGAACAGUUAAAUAUUCAGGCACUGGAGAAUACUUGCAAAUUAUUUUACCGGUAUGAAGAGGCGAGGAACAAUCUUAACAGUGUGCUUUUACGUUAUGUGGGUGUAGAGUUUAAGAAACAAAUCAGCACUGAUGUAAUAAAUAAUCUGAAGAUUUCAGCCCUAGAAAGGAUUGAAAAAGAAAGCAAGGAAAUAAAUCGUUAUUGUGAAUUAAAUGACCAAACUGACUCAGAAGAUUCGAACAAUGAAAUAAAUCAAGAUACAGAAACUGGUAUCCCUUGGUGGCAGUGCAAGAAGAAGAUGCCAUGGUGGAAACGCUGUCUCCCAUUUAGCAGAAAACAAACUGGGAAGAACAAGAAACAUGGAAGAGAAAACAGCAUGGAAGAUUCUCCAGAGUUGUCACUGGAAGAAGAUAUUGAUGAUCCAGACAUUAUUUACUUCUCUGAAAAAAACAGGAAAGGCAUUAAAAGAGAGAUUGCAACUGAAGCGAAGGCCAUUGUGGAUGGCAGUUCUUCGGUAUCAUCAGAAGACAAUAUGAGUGCUGCAAUUACCAACAUUUUGUCACCCCCUGGGAAGAACGGAACGAUAAGCAAAGGAAAUGAGCAAACAAUACCAAAGAACAUUUUCACUGAUAAGACUUCACUACCAUUGGAAGGAAACAUGGGCUUUAGUGUCACAAGCUAUCCUUUGUCUCCAGUGAACAGAAGGAAAGGAAUUGAAAGAAAGAUUCCAACUAAAGCAAAGACUGCUGUGAGAGACAAUUCCUCAGUAUCAUCGGAAGACAUUAUGAGUGUUGCUAUUACCAACAUUAUGUCACCACCUGGUAAGAAAAGGAAAGGCAUUAAGAGAAAGAUGUCAGCUAAAGCGAAGACUGUUAUGACCGACAAUUCUUCAAUAUCAUCAGAAAACAAUAUAAGUGAACCUAUUAGUAGCAUUCUGUCACCCCUUGGGAAGAAAAGAAAGAGGAGCAAAGGAAAGAGGCAAACAUUACCAAAGAGCAUUAUCAGUGAUAUGCCUUUACUAACAUCAGAAGGCAACAUGAGCUUUGGUAUUCCGAGCUGUCUUUCAUCUCCAGUGAACAGAAGAGAAAUCAGUAAAAGAAAGAAGUCAACUAAUUCCAUGAACAUUAUCACACAUGUUCCUUCAGCACCAUCACAAGGGAAACUGGAUGUUAUAAUACCAAAUUGUGCCACAUCUGCUGAGAAAAGAAGAGAAAUAAAUGCUCGGAAGAAAUCAACUAAAAGAAAGAAUGUUACCGCAGAUAUUUCUUCUGUGUCAUCAGAAGGCAACAAGAAUGUUGUAGUAACACCCCAUACCUCAUCUGAGGAGAAAAGAAAAACCACUGGAAGAAAGCGCCAUUUUGCUAUCAGGAGAUACUGUCAAAGAAAUAAAUCACCAAUAAUAAGAGCGGUUACCACAGAUGUACCAUCAGCAGAUGAGAAAUACACUGCUGUUUCAGCUCACCGCAUAUCAUCUGUGAACGAAAGAAAACUCUAUAAAGGAAAGGAGUCAGUUAAAACCAAGGAAAUUGUGACAGAUCCUAUGACAUAUACUUCAUAUGUAUUAUCAGAAGGCAAAGAGAAUGUUGAUGUACCGAGACAGUCCUUGUCUCUUGGAAAUAAAAGGAAAAACAGCACACAAAAAAAGUCAUCAAAAGCAAGGAUUGGCAAUGCAAAUAAUUCUUCAGUAUGUUCACAAGCUGACGAAAGCAUUUCUGUACCAAGCAGUCACUUAUCUCCUCUGCACAGAAGGACGAAAUAAACAAUAACGACAGUGGCACAUACAAAAAAGUCAUGUGGACAUGAAUGAAACAGAAAUGAAGAAACUCAUGGUGUGAUUUCUCACAUUGAUAAGACAACUGCAGUAAUAUCAUUAAAUGUGAUUUACUACUUGAAAGACAUGUAUUUACAUAAAAUUGAUAUGGAGCCAAAGAGAUAACAAAUGGAAAACCAAUGUUUAAUCCACAACUAGUUGAAGAAUUCUAAAAGCAGCCAAACUCUGUGUCAUCUUCUUUCAAUUUCUUACUCAUUUUGAAAAGUAUUUCAGAUUCACAUAACUAUUGACUAUCAUGUGUUUUUUAUGAUAUUUACAAGAGAUUCAGUUAAGAAAUAGUGUUCAUGAACAAGCUUGUGUUUUAAAUACAUAUUCAUUUUUUACUUAAUACAAUUUUUAAUAGUUGUUGUUGUAUUUAUCGAAGUAUGUUAAUUCUGAAUAAAAGUGUGUUUUUUUCUGUAAAA